AUGCCAAGGGAUCGUUCGCGGAGUCCUCUUUCUCGACGACGGCGGUCUUUGUCACGUUCUCGUGACAAACACAGAGAUAGAUAUGAUCGAGAUUCUGAAAGACGUCGACGGGAUAGGGAAUCGCGCCGAGAAGACGACCAUCAUAGACGCGACCACACGUCGGAUAAACGAAAGGAUCGGAGGCAUAGGGAACUUUCUGACGAGUACCGUGAAAAGGAUGUAAGGGGCUCUAGAGCUUGGAGAGAUAGUAGAUCUAGAACUCCUGAACAGUCCGAUAAGUUGUCAGAGGGAGGGGCUACCGAAGAAAAAGAAGACAAAGUUCCGAAAACGGAAGAGGAAAUGGAGAUGAUGAAAGCCCUAGGGUUUUUUAGUUUUGAUUCUACAAAAGGUAAGCACGUAAGAGGCAACAACGUGUAUGUUGCAAACAUUCAAAAGAAGCGCAAAUACCGACAGUACAUGAACCGUCGUGGUGGAUUUAACCGGAAGCUUGAUCCAAUAGCCUAG